AUGGUCGAGACAUCAAUCAGUGAAGACAUUCGAAUAAACUUUGUGCAGAGAAGUCCCGGAAACCAACCUAGGAGUUAAAGGUUGGUGACUUAGUUUUUAAGGUUCAGCUGUGUUGUAUGUUGCACGAAAACUCACUAAUAUGAAGUGUUGUUUAACCGCUUUCAUUUGAGAUGCUGCGCACAAACGUCUCAUUUCAAACUAGUUGGAGAUACUUAGUAUUAGCUGAACAAAGCUUUUGGACCAAUCAGAAAAAUGUAGUCAAGCGGUUUUUUUCAUUGAGACUUAACAGUGACUGGGACUGGUGUUUUACUACCCCUCUGUUCUUGGCGAGGAAUGUGCGCGCCAUUCCUCCGGCCAUUCAGAUGCAAAACUAAAAACAAUGGUGACCUGCUAAGUCCCUUACCUCUUUCCGCGCUUCAAACAGUUUGUACGUUUGAGUUCCAAUUGGCUCCUAAGAUAUGCGUUUGGCUUAGUUUAUGAUAAGUCCCCCCCCACCUAACACUUUUUCAAAUUGUUCCUCUGCACCUUUGUUAAGUUUUGCCCAACAUCCCACAAUCGAAACGCACUCUUUAGUUUGCACGAUUAAAGAAACACUUUAGGCAAUUCGUAAAACCUACAGUUAAAUCUGGAAAGAAGCUUGCUCGUCUUACAAGUCUGACAGUCUACCAAUAUUUAAAGGAAAGAUUUUAUCAUCCCAGGGUUCAAAGUCCAAUACUUUGACAAAGAUCCAGAAGGAGAUGGCGACCACAUGGUCGGUGAGGUAGAGGUGCUUUUCAUUGCUCCUAGACACCCUAAUAAGGGAAUUAAGAUGACGCAACCUAUGACGCGGAAGGAGGCAUUAAGUGACAUCAACGAAAAUCUUGACGAGGGGCAUCGAGGAACUGGACCAGAGCUUCAUGCCAAGGAGGUCGACAGGCUGACGUUCUGUUGCUGCGAGUGUUGUCAUGGUGACGCUUGUAGGGGUUUUUCAGAGGGGAUUUGUGGAGCAUUUCCGCAGCAUUCUACUUCGAAUCAAUCCUACACGCUAGUAAUGUUUGCUGCUUAA